AUGUCUUCAUUAUUAAAUCCAAGUAGAAAGCCUCUCGGCGGUGGAGGCAUCACCACCCAGUCUCGGUUUUCUCGACCAAAUGCUAUCCGGGCCAUGCGGGAACGCGAAGAACGUCGCCAAGCGCAGACGGCCGGAGCGCAACUUCAGUCGGCCUCCUCGUCAGCAAACCGCGGCGGGUCUGUCGCCGUGCCUGCUCGUCAGCAAUGUCCCAACAAGGCUUGUCCCAAACCAAACGUUGUCGAUGGCACUUGUCGGACGUGUGGCCGCGUUGCUGACGACAGCAAUAUCGUCGCCGAGGUCCAGUUUGGCGAGACCUCGUCCGGUGCAGCCAUGGUCCAGGGCUCCUUCAUUGGCGCCGACCAAGCUGGCGUUCGGAGCAUGGGUCCCGCCUUCAGAAGAGUCGGCGGCACCGAGGACCGGGAGAAGAGCAUUCGGGAAGCUCGUGGUCUCAUGCAAGGUUACGCACAGCAACUCAAUGUCAGCGACAGCCUGGUCACGGCCGGAACCCAAGUUUUCAAGCUGGCUUCUGGGGCCAACUUUGUCCAAGGACGAACCCUCGCCAGUGUGGCUGCAGUCUGUCUUUACGCCGCCUGCCGAGCAGAACCACCCUGCAAGGUUAUGCUGAUUGACUUGGCCGACUUGGUCCAGCUCAACGUUUUCAAGCUGGGCCGCAUCUUUAAAAAACUCAACGAAGUCGUCCCCAUUGGCAAUGAUGGACUCAUCCCCGUCUAUCCCGAAGAUCUCAUCUGGCGGUUUGCAACCAAGAUGGAGUUUCACCAAGACACCGCCAAGGUGGCAGAGGAUGCCGUCAGACUCGUGAAGCGGAUGAGCCGAGAUUGGAUGGUCAUGGGCCGUCGCCCGUCCGGCAUUUGCGGUGCCUGUUUGUUGAUGGCUGCGCGCAUGCACAACUUUCGGCGAACCAUUCGUGAGGUGGUCUACAUUGUAAAGGUGACGAACCAUACCAUUCAAAACCGGCUUCAAGAAUUCAACGUUACCGAGUCGAGCCAAAUGUCGGUGGAAGAUUUCCUGAAGCAGGACUUUCUGGAAAGCUCGCAUGACCCUCCUUCGUUUUACCGCAAAUCCCAAGAGUACAAAAGGAUGGCUGGGGACAAGUCGCGAAAAAGGAAGCGAGGUGCCACCGCCGAACAUGCCAAUCAUGACCAAGGCGACGACGAUGGCGACGACGAUGGCGACGGCGACGGCGACGGCACCCGUGGAGCUCCCGCGGAAUCACGUCAGCGAAGGUUGACUGAAGGUGGUGCCGACUUGUCAAAAGCUCCCGUCAUCAAAUUUCGCCGCGAUGCCGACGGCUUCAUUAUCCCACCUCUGCCCACACAAAUACCAGUGGACAUGCCUGCCAUACGCGGGAUCGGUGACAACGUAGAUGCCCAGCACGACGACGAGGCUUCUGCUGACGACCUGGAGAAACUGGCGCAUGAGUUUGGAGAUGCCAUCGACGAGGAGCUAGACCAGCAAGAGGGACAGCAAGAGGGCUCUGCUCGCAAAGGGAAGCAGUCGGCCAAGCCACAGCUUCCCAUCAACGAGGAAUGGGAAGAGGACGAGGCGGAGCUAGAGGGCCAGAUUGAGGAAAUCUUCAAUGACCCGCUCACCUACGAGCACGCCCUCGCCUACUCCAACGCGGAGCAACGCGCAAGAAUUCAUUCCCACUGGGCGCUGAAGCAACGACCAAUCAAGGCAGUCUCCAUGGCUGCCGAUGUAACGGAAGAUGAGUUCGCCGAUGACCCCGAGGUGAUCAACUGUCUGUUAUCGCCCGACGAAGCGCGCAUCAAGGAGCUCAUCUGGGUGAACCAAAACAAGGACUGGCUACGGCAGAAUCAAGAAAAGCUGUUCCGGAAGAAGGUGGAAGCUGAAAGGCCCAAGCAGACCCGUCGCCGCAGGAAGAGGGCGCGCAUGGGUGAGGGUCAAACCAGUCCCGCCAGCUCUGCGGCCGAGGCCGCCAUCAACGUGGCCAAGGACAGGGCAUGGUCGAAGCGAAUCAACUACGACGCCAUCCGCAGUAUUUUCGACAUGCCCAACGUGGGAGGGCUCGGUUCCGAAGCCACGAGUCGCAAGACGAGCGCGGCAGGGAGCACCUUUGGCGGCGACGACGCAAACGAGGCAGAGGAGGCAGAGGAGAGCGUGGCUGGUGACGAGGAACAAGAAGAAGAUGACGACAAUGGCGAGUACGGCGAGGAGGGGGGACUUGACGGUGAUGGAGAAGAAUUUGGCGGUGGUUAUGACGAGAAUGACGGAGAUGUAGAGGGCGACUAUGGUCUGGAAGAUGACUAG